GAGGCACAGAAGGUGUUACAAAGAAUUGCUCAGGAGCAACGACGAUCAAAGGAAGCUGCGUUAAAUGACGCUGUGAAGUCUCUUGCCACAACAUAUGCAGAGAUGAUCGAGAAGCUAGUGGAUGAGCAUAGUGUCACUACAGAGAAGGUAAAGCUACUCCUGGGUUGCGAGACACUCUACAAGAACAAGCGGGGGCCUACCUUGCACAACGCAAUUGUCCAUGUGAAGGCUCUUGAGUUGAAUGAAGGGCGUCCGAUGGGAGCAAAAUACACACUAGUGGAUAUACGCAACAUUAUCGAGGAUGAUCCAUCAAUCAAGCACCUCUCCCAACAGGAGAAAAAAGAUUACAUUUUGAAACUCAAGGAACACCGCACGCAACAACGCCUGAGUGUGCGUGCUACCAACUCGGCUGCUUCAAAAGAUGCACAGGUAACCCUGAACAAAGUGUUCAAGGAGCUUGAGGCUUUGGCCCUCCGCACUGGAAUGUAUGCGUGUUUGUUUGCGACACGUGGUUACGUCUAUGACACAAACCAAGCCACGUGGUUUGGAACUGACAACAUGAUGGACUUCUGGGAGGAUGUUCUCUCACUGCAACCUGACUACAUCACCAAGCAGCUAGAAUUGUGGGGGUGCAAUCAAAACAAAAGUAUUUUUUCAUCUUUUUCAUGUCCUGGUGGUCUGACAUCUCUUUUAGACAUCGAUGAGCGUGAUUCGGUGGAGAAUAUGCAGAGGCAGUCUAAACGUUUACUUGAGUCGGGCUUCAGUGAGUGUUUCCUAAUGAUUUAA